UUUGGAGUCGCUUCUUAUUUCGUCGAUAUAUACAUUACCAAAGGCGAAGAACACUUAAGUUACCACCAGUCUGAAACUAACUUCAGGAGUGGACAUCAAAUCAAGGAAGUUACACCAGCAGCUUCAGCAUGGCUCAGUGUCCAUCAGAGGCCAGGGCGGACAGUUUGAUUCCAGAUCUUAAGGACAACAUGAACUCAAGUGAACUUACUACAGAGACUCCAUCAGUGAGAGCCCGACCGCUAGACCUGGCGUUGAUCCGCAGUCUGUCUAAGUCGGAUUCGGACUUAUUGUCGUCCCCGGUGGGUGAGGAUGAUGAAGGUUUGGCUGGACGCAGUGGUUCUGUGUCAAACUGCAGUUCUGGGCAAACAGCCAUGAAGCGCAUGCCUUCUUUUGCCUCGGAGUGGGAUGAGAUUGAGAGGAUCAUGAAUUUGAUUGGAGCUGGCAUAGAGUCCAAAAAGACUACCCCAACUUCAGAUGGGGCCUGUGGUAAAGCCCUGGACCAGCCCGUGGGAGAGUGGCUGGAGCACGUGGGGCUGCCGCAGUACGAGAGCAAGUUCCUGCUCAAUGGUUUUGACGACCUACGAUUCAUGGGAAGUAACGUGAUGGAGGACCAAGAUCUCAGAGACAUGGGGAUCACUGACCCGGGACACCGUAAGAAAAUCCUGCACGCGGCACGCAGCUUGCCUAAGGUAAAAGCACUGGGCUGUGACGGUAGUACGUCUCUCGCCUCGUGGCUUGAUGGCCUUGGACUGCAUGAGUACCUGCCCAACUUUCUCACCACGGGUUACCGCACUCUGGAGUGCGUAAAAAACCUGUGGGAACUAGAAAUUGUCAAUGUUCUUAAAAUUGGCCCUCUGGGACACCGUAAAAGGAUCAUUGCCUCCCUUGCAGAGAGACCCUAUGAAGAGGCACCCUCCAAGUCCCGACGUCUCUCUCCAAUCAUGUUCCAUGACCUGCUAUCCCAGGGCAACACUCCCCUGGGGCAGCUGGACCCCUACACCAGUCGCUCCAUGGACAUGCUCCUCCCUCUGACCGAGUCCGACCGUCGCAGGAGGGGCUUCGACCAGGACUCUAGUGCGUCUCUGCGGUCGUACAGCGAGAGACCCAGAUCUGUGGAAAGACAUAGUGAAAGACAUAAAGAUCGCUUUAACCUUCGACCCACAAGCCAUUCUGCUACCUAUGCCACAGUGUCCGCAUGGCAUCACCAACCUGAAAAACUCAUCCUGGACUCCUGUGGAUAUGAGGCCACUUAUUUAGGAUCAUUGAUAAUCAGGGAUCUACGAGGGAUUGAGUCCACACAAGAUGCCUGUGCUAAAAUUAGGAAAUCAAAGGAUUCGCGAAAGGGUCCGGUCGUCAUAUUGUCUAUUACAUAUAGAGGUGUAAAGUUCAUUGAUGCAGCUUCAAAGACCAUCAUUGCGGAGCAUGAGAUCAGGAACAUUUCUUGUGCUGCACAAGACCCAGAUGACCUGUGCACGUUCGCUUACAUUACCAAGGAUCCGAAGAGUGGUCACCACUUGUGCCAUGUCUUCAGCACUGUUGAAGUGACUCAGACCUAUGAGAUCAUCUUAACGCUGGGACAAGCCUUUGAGGUGGCCUAUCAGGUGGCCAUGCAAUCCAGAGCCAGACAUUACGCCCAGGUGUCAGCCCAGAACCCGGAGGUCGUCGAGGCUAAAACCACUCGUCCCAUCUCCCAGUCCUGGAGCAACAUCCGCAGAUCAGCAAUGGACCCUCUGGAGUUGGACCCUGACAUGCACUCCCUGGGAAGCAACUCCUGGCUCCUGGACCAGCGGGACAGCCACAGGCGACCGGUCAGCACCAAGUACGAGACUACCAUUUUCUGAGGCCGCACCCCCUGGUUAUGUGCCCCAUUCACACGCCCAUGACAGACAAGCCCGUGCCUUCUCACUGUGAUGGUAUAGCAUCCCUCAGGGCUGUCGACUCCCACACCCUCCUCUGCCCUGCCCAGCAACCCAAAUGAACCCACUUGUUCCCCUUGAAAAGACAAGCUGCUCCUCUCCUGUGUCCCAGUGCAGUCCUGGCAGCUCCCCAGCCUGUCGCUGCUGCGGCCAAUGGUGGUGUCCUGAGACGGAUGAUCCCGGACUGAUCGCAUUUUACAGUGGCCCUGCUCUCGCAACCAAACUGCCUCUUUCUCCUCCUCCUCCUGCUCCUGACUACUUACAUCUGCCUCCAAACCCUGAUAGCU